AUGUCUACGUACGAAGAAACGAUACAUGAACCCCAAGAAGAACCAUUGGUCUACCACAUCAAUGAUGCCCCUAUAAAAGAUUCAGAAAGUUGGGAGCAAAGCGACGGAACAAUUGGCUUUUCUCUUCACCCCUAUUUAGCACAAGGCGCCUCAUACAUUACUACAAAAAAAGUUAACUCAACCUCAACUGCCGCGUCCCUUAUUCCAAAAUCAGAAGUCUUUGAACUUCAAGUUCCUUCGUACGUGGUUGAGCCAGAAACGCUACUAGUUGAAUGGGCAGACUUAUGGAAUGAGUUGCAACAAUACAACUUUUCGACGGUUUUGGAAGCCCAACAAUUUCAACAGUCUUUCCUGAAAAGGGUUAGCUUUCUCUUCAGAGAAAAGCUGAAGCCAGCACUCCAAAACUUACAGGAUCAGAUUAACGAAGGAAAAAAAAAUCUGCAGCCUUCAUUGAAUACCCUAUGGGAAGUUGCCUCUGCAUGGAAAUGUGCGGAAGCGCUAUAUCUCUCAAGUCCCGAAGAACCCACCCUUGCAUUUGGUAUAAUGGACUGGGUGAAUAGUUAUGAUCCCCAACCCUCAAUUAAGGAUGGUAUGGAAAUCAUGACCUACGAAGUCCCUCACCAACACCCAGAGUUUUGGUCCUAUGUUUUUAAAACCGCCCUUCGAGGUUUAUUUGAGCAAACAGUUUCAUGUCUCGAUUCUUCUUCUCUGAUCUUGGAGAGUGCUUCCUUAAAAAGCUGCAUUCCUGAAAUUAUCGACAUCAUUCAAGCGGCACCACACAAACAAAAGCGCACACACAGUAAAUUCGACUUUGAAAAACACUGGAGACGUUGGAGAGCACGAGUUUUAGGCAUGAGAGAAACAGUCUUUGCAGAUGAAGGCCUGAACACCCAUUACCGCGAAAACUUGGACUUGCUGUUACGUGUACUUAGCGGUGAUCAGGAUGUGCUGCGCUCGCUUUCAAAUCACUGGCAAGAAUAUUUCGGUGCUCUUUGCUAUUUGUAUGAUCCUGUUGGAUGUGAUGAUGUUAACGGCGCAUCUAUCCUUUAUGAAAUUGCCACUGCUCCAGAGACUGGCUACUUACCUGAUGUAACUUUGGAGUUCGAAUGUGUGUGUUCGUAUCUCUGUAAAAAAAAACCAUUAGAAGCUGUUCAACAUGCAUUUUUGCUUGACCUUGGGUUUUCCGUACACUUGACUGAUCUUCUUACAAAAUCAGGAUACCUUGAAAACUUUGUCACGUCAAAGUUUCCUGUAACUUUAAGGGAACACUUAAUUUUAGAGUUUGGAAACGCUGUUUUGCAAUCUACUGGUAAUUGGAAGGUUGCAUACUCGUAUUGGAAAUAUGUACCAAACUUUGGGCCUCAAAGAAUCAAAGAAAGCAUUUCCCAUGUUGAAAUAAAGUCUCAAGAUGAUGUUCAAUCAGCUCUUCAAUUUUGUGCAGAACUUGACUUAGAAGAUGAGCGAAAAAGUAUUCUCAGUCAUUGGGCACAGCUUCUAGUCCAAAAAGGUGAAUACGGCGAGGCUUGUUUACAUAUGAAUAAGGCUGAAGAUGUUAUUUCUCUUAAUCGUUUAAAUUGGAAUUUGUUUGAAAAACUUCUUGAUUCUAAAAAACCACUGGACAGUUUAGAUUCUACAAUGUUGCAUUUGAUGUCCUCCCCGAUGGAGUGUCCAGCAGUUCUCGCGACAAUGCUGGCCCCUUUAGCAACAUUAAACCAAUAUUUUUCUUUAAGGGAAAAUGGUCAAAUCUCACAAGCGAUUUCUUCUUUAGUAGCAAUUUUGAAAGCAGACGGUCUCCCUAAAAAAUAUUUCUUCCCCUUGCUCUCCGAACUUUCUAGUUUCAUCUCAUACCUUUUUGAGGAUGAAGAAAAUAGAGUGAAGUUAAUGUCAUUGAACGACACUUAUGACUGCAUUGCUUCACUAGAGGAUCAUCGCUCGGAUGAUGAUUUCGAUAAACCGCAAGUCAUUACUUUGCGGAAACAGCUUGCUCACAUAACCGCAAGAUUGUUCUUGUUAAAGUAA